AUGGCCGCUGAAGCAGGCUCCUCACAGCGCAUCCAGCUCUAUGUUUGGCCAAAACUAUGGGAUCUGCCCUCGUUUGACCCUUACUGCCUGACGGCUAUAUUAUACCUCCAACUGGCUAUCCCAGGAGAUUUUACUAUCAUCGAAUGUACUGACGUGGACCUCUCACCCAGCGGACAGCUACCCUUCUUAGUCCAUGGCACCGAGGUGGUUACGAGCUUUGCGUCGAUCCUGAAGUAUGUCUCUGGACUGGCGGAAACGGAGGGGAACAAGUACCCCAAUGCCAACACCGACAAACAUCUAUCCCCGAAGGAAAGGUCCCAGAGAAAUGCAUGGCUCGCCCAUGUUGAAGCGAACCUUGGAGACUUAGUGGCCUCCACGUUUUACUCAGCGGACAAUUGGGACAAGACAGUCCACAAGGCCUUCUCCUCCCUCUUCCCCGUGCCCCAACGUUACUUUGUUCCAUCCAAAUUAAGAGCUGCGUAUCAACCUCGUUUGGAAGCUGCUGGUCUCUGGAGCGAUGCCGAACCCGCUCCAGACAAGAAGAGCGUGUUUGAGGAAAGUUCCUUGAGGGGGAAACAACAGAAGAGCGUACCGAAGAUCGAGAAGAACAAGGGCAAGUUCACCAAGAUCUUCGAGAAGGAGAAGUUCAUUGCAAAAUCGAAGAAGAUUCUUGAUCUAUAUGCAAGGCUAUUGGAAGGGAAGCAAUAUGUUUUCGAUAGUAUCACCUCCAUCGACGUUGCCAUUGCAGCCCACACCGUCCUGCUUAUCCAGCCUCGGCUGCCAGAUGAUACUAUCAACAAAUUGGUUACAGAGACGUACCCAGCCCUCUUGGCCCAUUCGGAACGAGUCAAACAUCGCGUACUACCAGGUCCAAACAAUCCACCAUUCACCUAUGAGACAUAUCGCCGGUCACUUUGCUCAUUCCUCUUACCCUUUUGGGGCCGGAGUGCGGUGAAGAAAGACAGCACAAGAAAAGAGAAAACGCCAGAAGAACGCCAGGUCGACCGGAUGCGAUGGGCUUUCGUGGGACUUGCGUUGGGAAGCCUUGCAGCAUACAUUGCGGUAGUCGGGCAACCUUUCUUUCAGUUUGUCUUGGUGAAAAUGCAAGAACUAGAAGCUGCUGAAGAGUUGGAAUACGUCGAGGAUGAUGAGUGGGAAGAGGACGACGAAGAAAUUGAGGUGGAGCUGCCGGAAGAGGUCAUGUGA